UGCUGACACUGUAGUCUGAGUUACCUUCAAAGCAAAAGCUUGAGAAUCGACGGAGUACCUUGGUAAUUUAAUAUGAAUAGGUACAUGAUCCACAACUAUCAAUCAAGUCAGCAAAUCGCCCAAGUUGUUUACACUUGCAUCAUAUAAAUUGGCCGGUGGUGGAGUGACUAUGCGGACGGGUAUUUGGGUGAAUCGUGUUCUUGUUAACAAUGGGCUCCUUGUUUUCUAAGAACAGUGCCUGGCGGCGAUGCCGUCACUGCGACCGUAAUGUUAAGUUGUUCGAGCGAACGUGCUGCCUGUGCGCGGCGGCGGGCAAGAGGAUGGAGCCGCCGGCGCGCGGCAGCGACAAGCCGCUGUUCGGCGAGUACCUCUGCAUCACCUGCGAGAUCGUGUGGACCAGCCACCUGUGCUGGCCCUGCCACUACCAAGCCUGCAAGAGCUGCCACCAGCUCGUCUACCCCCACAGCUGGCGCGAUCUUACAGCAGCGGAAAUAGGACGAGAAGCCAGGACUAAGGACCACCAGAGAGAAUACUGCCAGAAGUGCCUGGAGGUUGGCUACUACUGUGGAGACUACGCUAGGCUCUAUGGCAAAUUCUAAUAGACCGUUCUACGCUGGUGCCUCGGCCGAAAAAAAACGUCUUGAACUGUCAGCGCCAACCGCCAUAGAUCAAACGCGGCCGCAAGGCUCCUCCGCAUCCGCCACCACGAGGCGCCCACGGGACCGACAAGCAACAACCUCUCGCUGCUUCGCGCCUCGCCCCGCUCAAACAAGACUCGCAGCGCGAAACACAGACCCCGUCCGUAUGCAACAAGCGUUGUAAAUAAAACCUUUCAAAUUAAACACCUUUCUAACAA